CGACACGUUUUAUACUUCAUUAAAAUACAAAUAGUACAACGUAUUUUUGUUAGAAUCAUUCUGUUCAACGUUAAACGUGUAAUUGUUCUUUAAAUUGUAUAUAAAGAAAAUAUAAAAAUGAUUGAUUUGUCUAAAUGGGAACCGACGAUACAGAAAACGAUGGUAAAACUUCGAAAUACAUUAUCUCAAUUACACAAAAUAUGGGAAGAGAUAGGAUUUACGGAAGAUGCCCGUAAUAUAUAUUGUGAACAGGCAUUUUGCCACAUAAGUGAUCUCUUACAAGAUAUGGUUUCAGAGUCGGAACAGAAAAAAGAAACGAUAUUAAGCAAUGUUACAAGACUAAUGGACCAAAUUUCCGUAAUAAGCAAGGAAUUAGGAAGAGAGGUAAAUACCAGUGGGUAUGAAAAUUUUUCAUUGAAACAGGUAGAGCAAGUGCUACGCUCUGAUUUACACAAGUUACAAUAUUGUAAGGAUCAGAGGUUGACACUGUUGAAGGAAUUGCUUGAAAAGGAGAAUGCUCUUUGCAAAGUACUGGGUACUCAACCGAUCAAUAUAAAGGAAGAAUUGCCAUCAGAGGAACAACUAAAUAGUUUCAAACUUUAUCUUGAGAAACAAGAAGAUGAGAAGAAUCGGUUAGAAUCUGUUUUUAAGGAAAUGCGCAGAACAAUCGUCAGAAUGAUGGAUGACUUGGGCAUACCUCCGAUUACAAAUUUUGAGCAUUUUAUAUACAAAGAUGCAGAAAACUUUGUUUUUAAUAACAAUAAUAUGACAAAGUUGAGGGAAUUUCAAGAUGAGCUUAAACAUCAAGUAGAUAAAGCUAAAGAACACGUAGAGGAUAUUAAACAGGAGUUAAAUGCACUGUGGAAGUAUCUUAACGAACCCGAACGUAUUUGUCAGUCGUUUCUUAAUAGUUACGUAGGGUACAGUGCGGCGACUAUAAAUGCUUUAGAAGCAGAAUUAGCACGAUGUAAAGAGAAAAGAAAACAAAAUAUUGCAAAGUACGUGUCACAAGUAAGAACCGAAUUGACAAAUUUAUGGGAUUUAUGCAAAUUUAGCGAAGAACAGAGAGAACAAUUUCAUUAUUAUCAUUGUCAAACGUACACAGAAGAUUUAUUGACAUUACACGAGCUUGAAGUAAAAAGGGUACAGGAGUUUUAUAAAAACUUUAAGCCUAUAUUCCACCUUUUAGAAGAACGUGAUAACUUGUGGAAAAAAAUGAAAGAACUGUUGCAACGAGCAGAUGAUCCAGACCGUUUCUAUAAUCGUGGUGGGCAAUUAUUAAUGGAAGAAAAGGAGCGUAAAACGAUUCAGAAAAAAUUGCCAAAAAUAGAAGAACAACUGAAGAGUUUAAUAAAAGAGUACGAGGAUAUGCAUAAAAAGGUGUUCACUAUAAAUGGAGUUCCAAUAGAGGAAUUGUUGAAAGAAUCAUGGGAACACCUCAACAAAGAAAAAGAAACAAUAAAGAAAGCUAGAAAAGAGGCGAAAGAUAAAUCAGUGAAAAAAAUAACAUUGAGCGCUUCUAAAAGAAAUGCUAUAAAUACAUCGAAGAGAACACCCGGUAUAUUAACUACUCGUCGGCAUACACCGUUGAGUACAUCAAAGAGAAAGUUAUUAUUUACUCCGUCUCCAAAUGCAUCGGCAAAACGUAGAAAUCUUAGUGGAGGUGUCGGUGGAUCUAGACUAAGGAGAAGCGUAAAAGCUGCUAGAAAAAUCUUACAGUCUGGAAAGAAAACAGUCAAAGGUAGCCAACAAAAAGAAAAUUCUGUUGUGUUACAAAACUCAGCCGGUACUGAUACAACGUAUAGCGAAUUUAAAGAACAUUUAGAAGAUAAAAGAGAACUAAGAAGUUCUUUAUUACCAGAACAAGUAUUGACAAAUGCAACUAAAUCAAGAAUAAAGACACCCACGCGAACCCCUGUUAAACCAUUGCGAAAAAAUUUACCAUCCGUAAUGACACCUACAACAACGACUCCUCAAUCGAUGCAAUCACAGUUACAUAAAUCGCCUCGCAGUCCGAAAUUUGCACAAUCAUCGAGGCUCGCUACAGUAUCAACCCCAUUGCCUAUAAUAUUUUAAAAUAGCUUAAUAAAAA